UCCCGCAAUCUUCUUGGUUUUAAGUCUGUAUAUCGACGCCAGUCUCAGGUCUUAAAUAUAUAGCGUAUAAAACACUCAUAUAAAGCAAUACAACCUACAUCUUUUUUAUUUCAGCAAAAUGGCUAGAAAGAAAAAAGGAUGGACUCCAAAGCAAGGAAAGUGGUCAAAAGAGGGUCUGAUAGAAGCGGUUUGCCAAGUAAAGAGUGGGAGCAUGUCUAAAUUAAAAGCAUCAAAGAUAUAUAAUAUACCAAGGACAACACUACUUCGGAGACUGAAAACUAUGGACCUGGAUUCACCAGCAACAAUACCCACAGUACUUGCUAUAAAAGUUCAAGAGGGAAAAGAUCAAAGGAAAAGAGAGAAGGAGGAAAAGAAGAAGACGAGAGAACUUGAACAAACAUUGAAGAAGAGCAGUAAGGCAAAGAAGAACACACAGAAGCGUUUGGCCAAAAAAAAAAAGAGAAUGACAGGUCAUUGGCUAAAGAUCAGUCUGACUCCUGCUGUACUUAUUGUAACGGGAACUACAUGGAUGACGACUCUGACGAUGAAGACUGGAUUAAAUGUACGAGAUGUAGCGAUUGGUAUCAUGAGUCGUGUACUGGAAAGUUUGGGCAUGAACUUUCACACUUCGUGUGUAACAAACAUUGACAUGUUUCAAAGUGUGACCAGUUAUUAUAGUGGGUUGUGCUGUCAAUAG